AACGGCAGAUACAAGACUGGUUACAGAAUUGUCUGCAGAGGGAGUGUUCCAAAGCUCCAUUGUCUUCUUAAUUUUAGUUCCAUGCCCUAAUUCUACCUAAGAGUGAUCAUUUACAGCAUACAAGAAAACCUGAUAACCCUCUGAUAAGUGAUAACCUAAUAACAAAUAGGUUUAUAAUUACAUAAUACCCACUAAAUCACCCAUUACAUUUAUUCCUAACAGCUCUACAAUCUCUGCAGGUAAAGCUCAGGCACUUCUCAAGUUGUAUUCGGGGUUUCAAGCAAUAUCCAUCAUGCAUGAGAUCAUUUAGUGAGAAAAAGUUUGAGCACGCUCCAAUAUCGUUAUCUUAUGGAUUGAGUGAUUCUAAGAAUAAGAUCAGAUGGGGAAUGAUUGUCGCUAGGAAUUAUGGUAAGAACGCUGCUGAUGAACCAAGCAGUUCAGAAUCUGUUACCACUGAAAACACAACUUCAAAUGACCAGUUUUUAUCAUCUGAAGGCAUGGAAGAAACUCCACCUCAAAUGCCAAAACCAAUUCUGAAGAGAGCACCUCUGACAGCAAGGGAGAAGCUCAGAGCUGCAAGGGUUCUCUCAAAAUAUACUGAAUCAAAGCCCAUAAAACCAGCAAUGGGAAGCAAAGUUCUGGAUGCUUUAAGAGAGACAGACAAAGGCAAGAAGCGCUCCGGCCUCCCUGAAGCUCCCACAAACUUGUUUGAUGACAGCAAUCGUGGAUUAUCGAAGGAAGGCUGGAAAUUUCAGCUUCCUGGGGGCAAUGAUCUCUUCGUUGUUGCCUUCUCCUUUGUCUUCAUCAGUACUGUAAUGUUUGCAACGACUUAUCUUGUCUGGAAAGUCGGUGCAAUACAUUUUAAUGAAUUCUAAGGUGGCAGAGGAAUGAAAGGCUACCAAACGUCUCUCAGAAUGUGCGGAUAGGCCACUGAAAGUUACAGGAAAAGUAUGAAAUUGUAAUACUCUUUGUGCUGCAUAGCCUGCAUGGUCAUGAUUUUUUGCUUGUAGAAUUUCUGGUGAGUUGUAGACUCAUAACUCUUUGUAUUUAUUAUUAUUCUCAUAAUCAAAUCGUAGCCUGCAUGGCCUUUUAUUCUCAUAA